AUGAUGCGUGCUAAAAUUGAGAGUUAUUUAAAACGAGCAGAAGAACUUCAGAAUAUUGUAAAAAAUGGACCUGUGAAAAAAAAAGAGCUAGCUGAUGAUGACAGAGGUCGUAAAAAUUCAAAAGAUAAUAAAGAUGAUGAUGAAAGUGGUGAUCCAGAACGAAAACGAAUAAUGCAAAAAUUUGAAGGAGCUAUUAUCAUCGAUGCAAAAAUAACAUUCGAUGAUGUUGUUGGUUUAGAACAAGCUAAAGAAGCAUUAAAAGAAGCUGUUAUUUUACCAGUGAAAUUUCCGCAACUUUUUCAUGGUAAACGUAAACCAUGGGCUGGUAUUCUACUUUAUGGACCACCGGGUACUGGUAAAUCGUAUUUAGCUAAAGCUGUAGCUACUGAAUGUAAGAGUACAUUUAUAUCCGUGAGUUCAUCUGAUCUUUUAUCAAAAUGGCUUGGUGAUAGUGAGAAAUCUGUCAAAUAUUUAUUUGAAGUUGCUCGAGAGAAACCACCAUGUAUUGUAUUUAUUGAUGAGAUUGAUGCUCUAUGUGGACAACGUAAUGAUACUGAAUCUGAGUCAUCACGUCGUGUUAAAACAGAAUUUCUUGUUCAAAUAAAUGGUGUUGGAACAGAUAAUUCAGGUGUUCUUGUACUAGCUGCGACCAAUGUUCCUUGGACAUUAGAUACGGCUAUACGACGACGAUUUGAGAAACGAAUUUAUCUUCCAUUACCAGAAAUGAAUGAGCGAGCUGGUAUUUUUAAAAGUCAUCUAGGCUCUGGAACUUAUCAUACAAUUAAAGAUCAUGAAUGGAUGGAACUAGCACAAAAAGCUGAAAAAUACUCUGGUGCUGAUAUAGCGGUUGUUUGUCGUGAAGCUCUACUCAGACCUAUUCGUCGUCUUAGUUCAGCUACACAUUUCAAAAAAGUACAAAAUCCAAAGCCGGAUGGUCCUCAUCAGCUUUGGCUUCCCUGUUCACCUGGAGAUCCAGGUGCUGUAGAAUUAACAUUAGAUAAUAUUAAAUCUGACGAAUUAUGUGAACCACCAGUAACCAUGUCGGAUAUGUUAGCUGCUCUUUUGACACAAAAGCCAACUGUACAUGAAAAAGAUUUAAUUAAAUUUCAGAAGUUUACUGAAGAAUAUGGUCAAGAAGGUUCAUAA